AUGACACAUGCCCACAAAGGUCAUCAGGGCAUUGUCAAAACAAAACAAGCCCUGAGGACAAAAGUGUGGUGGCCGCGAAUUGACAAAGAUGCGGAAGAAUUUAUUAAGCAUUGUCACGCAUGCCAGUCUCUCGGGCAUGGUGAUCCGCCACCGCCUCUUCAACAACACAAAUUGCCCUCCAAACCAUGGGAUAGACUUCACAUGGAUUUUAGCGGUCCAUUUCCCACGGGGGAAACACUUUUUGUUGUCAUUGAUUCAUAUUCAAAGUUCCCAGAAGUGGAAAUAAUGAAAUCCACUACUGCCAGCGCCGUCACGAAUCGCCUGGACAGAAUUUUCGCAGUUCAUGGCAUUCCCACUGAAAUCUACUCGGACAAUGGUCCACCGUUUGCUAGUGAUGCAGUGAAGAAAUUCAUGCGAAAUCGCGGAAUAAAUCACCGGCUUGUAACACCUUAUUGGCCACAGGCCAACGGGGAAGCCGAGUCGUUCAUGAAGCCCCUCGGUAAGGCUGUAAAAGCAGCGAAAAUGGAAGGAAAGGAUUGGAAAGAAGAGCUACAUGGUUUUCUGUUAGCUUACAGAACUACACCACACUGUACCACCGGGGUAGCACCAAGUCAACUGUUGUUCAAUCGCGAAGUUCGUACGAACAUGCCAACUUUUGUAAAAGAGGGGGAUAUUGAUUACAAGAUUUUACACGAACAGGCUAAGAUAAGUACGUCAGAGAAGCAGUCGAAAGCGCAGCAGUAUACAGAUAAAAGACGACGAGCUCGGAAAGCAAACAUCGAAGUAGGAAUGAAAGUUUUGGUGAAACAAGAACGAAAAAACAAAUUUAGUACUGUUUUUGAUCCAACACCUUUGACUGUAACGAAAGUUAAUGGCACAAAGAUAACCGCAGCGAGACACAAUCUCACUACCACCAGAAACGUAUCGCAUUUCAAAAGAUUUUACUCGAAAGACGAAAGUGCUGAUGAACAGGAAUGCGACGACAGCGCUAGCGAUGUAACGGACGAUGAAGAUAAUAACGAACAGCCACAAGAUAUUCCACGAAGGUAUCCGGCAAGAGUACGAAGAAGACCUCGGUUCUUGCGCGAAGAAACUUAA